AUGCCGACUCUCGUCAUUCUUGGCGCCGGCAUAGCUGGGUUGCCCAUUGCCCACCAUGUCUUGAAGCACACAACCCCGCUGGUCAAGGACCUCAAAGUCAUCCUGGUGACGCCCAACACUGACCAUUACUGGAACCUCGCCUCCGUGCGCGGUGUCGUCCCCGGCCAGCUCGGCGAUGACAAGCUCUUCCAGCCCAUCGCGCCCGAGUUUGCCAAGUACCCCAAGGAAAGCUACGAGCUCGUCUUCGGCAAGGCCGAGACGCUCAGCGACGACAAGAAGACCGUCAUCGUCAAGACUAACGACGGCGCCCACCGCACCAUCGCCUACGACGCCGUCGUCAUCGCCACGGGCACCCGCUCCAAGGAAAACAUGCCGUGGAAGGAGGUCGGCACGACGGAAGAGACCAAGCAGGCCCUCGGCAGCCUCCGCAAGCAGAUCGCCGACGCCAAGACCAUCGUCGUCGCCGGCGGCGGCACCACCGGCGUCGAGACGGUCGGGGAAAUCGGCUUUGAGUUCAACGGAAAGAAGGACGUCUACUUAGUCUUCAGCAGCGACCUGCCCCUCGCCGAGCCUUUGAACGACAACGUCCGCAAGGCGGCGCUCAACGAGCUGCGCAAGAUGAACGUCAAGACAAUCCCCAACACCAAGGUCACGAGCGUCAGCACAGGGGCCGACGGACGGAAGACGCUUGAGCUCACGGACAAGAGCGGCAAGACGACGACGCUCCAAGCGGACGCGUACGUCCCCACCACCGGCAACGUCCCCAACACAUCAUUCCUGCCAGCGAGUAUGCUGGACACGCAGGGUUACGUGAACCAGGACGCGAGCCUCCGGGUACCGGGCCACGAAAACAUCUUCGUGGUGGGCGACGUCGGGAACCUUGAGGACGGGUACGCUCGCCUCGCCGACCAGCAGACGCAACACGCAGUCAAGAGCAUCCAGGCGCACUUCACCGGCGCGUCGAGGCCGGCCGACUAUGUCGUCGACACCAAGGUCCUUGGUGCUGUCACGAUCGGACGGAGCAGGGCAACGGGCCAGAUGGGCACGUGGAAGCUGCCUAGCAUCCUCAUCUGGCUGUUCAAGGGGCGGUUCCUGGGCACCGACUACGCCAAGGACGUUGCGGCCGGCAAGAGGACGAUGCUGGUCACGAAGAACUGGUGA